CCACGUAGCCGAGGUAUUUAGAUCACUGCCAACUGUAGGUUAUUCUGUAGUGGAAACAUUGUAUUGUGUGAGAGACACGGACAUUCAAUUUGCCAUGGCGAGUUUUAAUGGAAAGUGGGAAAUUCAGAGUAGUGAGAAUUUUAGCGAAUAUAUGAGCGCUAUCGGCGUAGCGGAGGAGAAGAAGGCGGAAGCACUUAAAUUUCUUGGGGACGGAUCCAAGAUGUCGUAUGAAAUCUGCAACAACGGUGACGAUUGGGAGUUCCGUGUGGGGACACAGGCGGGAGAGAAGACAAUUAAAUUCUCCCUCGGGCAGGAGUUUGAUACAUUUACGCUGGACGGCCGACCAAUCAAGACCACUUUCUGUCUUGAAAACGGAAAUCUGAAAGAGUCUCAGAAAGGUGAUGGCUUUGAAACAGUAAAUAUCAGGACAGUUAACGGAGACGCCAUGACAAUGACAAUGACUGGAAAUGGCGUGACAUGUACCCGAAAAUACAAGAAGGUGUGAUUGGACAGUUAUCUACGAUCUUAGCCAAUAGAAGCUUGUCGUCUUCGUGUUGUCACGUGAUGCAUCUUCGUUGGAACACUGCGCGAGGAGUGUCAAUAUUCAGCACUCUGUUCGGAAGGACUCUUGACUUUUUAAAAUGGUAGUGUUGUUGACAUUAACUAAUACUUGACCCAUUUUUUUUCAAUAAGACGGUAAGAUGAUCUUUUCUUAUAUGUGAUAAAAAACGAAACCCCUUACAAGAUCUGUCUGGUUGUCAAUGGUUACAGCCUUCUGGGAUAUCAGCUUGCACAUGCAAAGCUUGCACAUUGUAGCAUAUCUUUUGAAAUCAAAAUGUAAAUGAAUACAUGGUCCAUGAAAUAAGAGAUUUCUCUGAAUAUGAUUCACAUUUAUGAAACGACAGCUACUUCACGCGAUAUUCGGUUAAGUUCUAAGUUUACAGGAUGACAUCAUUAAUAUGGCGGUACUACCAGUAACCGUUUAUUCGCAGUUUUUAGUUUUUGGGUCCAUUUAUUGAACAAAUGAAAAUUAAAGAUAGUUCGGAGGUU